AAAGUUUGUGAAGAGAGACAAAAGUGGAGAUGUCAAACGCACUGAGGUUGACAUAGUUGAUGAUCACGCGGUUUCGUGUUUUUCAAGAUUCCUUCCAUUCACAAAAACAGCUGUCUUUGUUUCUGUUCCUUUAGCGUCGGCCAUUAAAGUAUACUCUGUUUUGCAUUAUUCUAAAUAUUCAAAGGGACAUGAUCCAUAAAAGCUUUAGAUCUACCAUUUAAAAGAAACAGAUCUAGGUUCGUACACUCCAUGUGGGUUGUAUAAUAAACGAUCCAUAAAGAAAAGAAAAGACAUCUUUAUACGACUUUGGUUCUAGAUUCAAGUAAUCUCUGUGCUCUAUUAUUCUGUGAGUUUCUCUGAAGCUUCCUUGGUGUAGGACUUGUGCUCUUUUCUCCAACGUAAGGAAUUGCAUUAAAUUCGUAUCUCCCUAGGCACAGAGAUUGAUAACUUAUCUUACCUUAAAUGGAAAGUUCGAUGAGGAAGAGAGGACACAAUCAAGAGUAUACAGAUAACUUGUCAGAAGGCUCAGAACCAAAGAGACAGAAGAAGCUUCCAGCUUUGGCAAAUGUAAUUGUGGAAGCUGUCAAGGUAGAUAGUCUGCAGAGGCUAUGCUCCUCUCUGGAACCAUUAUUCCGUAGAAUUGUUAGUGAAGAGGUGGAACGUGCCAUAUCUAAGUUGGAGAGCUCCAAAACAACUCCAAGAUCUCAAGAACCAAAGAAGAUUCAAGGCCUCAAUGGAAGAAACUUGCAAAUUCGCUUCAGAACACGAAUGCCUCCUCAUUUAUUCACAGGAGGGAAAGUCGAAGGAGAGCAGGGCUCAGCCAUUCACGUGGUCCUUACAGAUGCAAGCACAGGAAACGUUGUUCAAACGGGAGAAGAUUCAACGGCAAAGCUGAACGUUGUCGUGUUAGAUGGAGACUUCAACGAUGAAGAUUGGACGAGAGAACGUUUUGAGAGCUUGGUUGUGAAAGAGCGCCAAGGAAAAAGUCCAAUAUUGACUGGUCACACUCAUGUGGUACUCAAGGAAGGUGUAGGAACUCUAGGAGAACUUAGUUUCACCGACAAUUCGAGCUGGAUUAGGAGCAGGAAGUUUAGACUGGGUGUUAAGGCUUCAUCAGGGUUUCAUCACAUACGUGAAGCUAAGACAGAGCCUUUUGCUGUUAAAGAUCAUAGAGGAGAACUGUACAAGAAACAUUAUCCACCGGUUUUAAAUGAUGAAGUCUGGAGAUUGGAUAGAAUAGCGAAAGGUGGAUCACUACACAAGAAGCUAGUGAAAUCUAACGUCAUCACUGUUGAAGACUUCCUUCGGAUACUUGUGAAGGAACCACAGAAGCUAAGAAGCUUACUUGGGAGUGGAAUGUCAAAUAGAAUGUGGGACAACACAGUGGAGCAUGCAAAGACUUGUGUAUUGGGUGGGAAGCUUUACGUUUAUUACACAGAGCAGACACAUAAUAAUACAGGAGUUGUCUUCAAUCAUAUAUAUGAGUUCCAAGGCUUGAUUGCUAAUGGUCACUUCUUGUCUCUUGAAUCUCUUGACCAUGACCAAAAGAUUUCUGCAGACAUUAUGGUGAAGGCUGCUUAUGAGAACUGGCACAAAGCGGUUGAGUAUGAUGGUAAGCUGUUGAAUUUCUUACCAGAGGCAAAAAGGGCACAGAAUCAUCAUCAGAAUGUAAAUAGCUACUCAUUGGUUCCUCAGCAACAGAUACAGUAUCCGUUUGUGCAGCAACCAUGUGAUCAGUUAGGAGACUACACAUCGAUGGAAGGUUCCUCAGUUUCAGGCUCAUGCAAUGAAGACCGUGAAGAUGUUUUCACAGAGGAAAUUAGGGUGAGGAGUUCAGAGAUGCUUGAGACCGAUGAUAUGCAGAAACUGCUCAGGACAUUUGGGAUAGCAGGCGGGUUUACUCAUAUUGCUGAGUCGUGUUACGGUUUUGACGAUCGGUAUGAAGCUCAGGUAGAUAAGGGUUAUAGGAGAGAACGAGGGAGAGGCUCAGGGAAAGCUGUGGUGGGUUGGCUUAAGCUUAAAGCUGCUUUGAGAUGGGGUAUCUUCAUACGCAAGAAAGCUGCACAGAGGAGGCCUCAAAUUGUGGAGAUUGACUAAGGAGAGCUGUAAAUAUUAUGGGAGCUCUUUGUGAAAAAGACCAAUCUAGAGUUGUGACAUAAAGAGUAAUGGGACUUUGCAUUGUAAUGUUUUAUUUGUUUGCUUGUUUGUGUUAUGUUUGUUUACUUGUUCCAUCCUGGCAUUGAACAUUGGACUGGUCUAUAUGAUUACACACAUCUUGUUCUCUA